AUGGAUUACCAGAACCGCGCCGGUUCCAAAUUCGGCGGCGGAGGACCCUACUUCUUCAAGAACCACGUCGGCUCCUUUGAGUGCCGCCUCUGCCUCACGGUCCACCAGAAUGACGGCUCCUACCUCGCGCACACACAGGGUAAAAAGCACCAGACCAACCUAGCCCGCCGUGCGGCGCGUGAGCAAAAGGAAGGCCGCUCCCAAAACAUCGACCCGGCCACCGGCCUCCCCGUCGGCGUCGUCGCCGGAUUAAACGCCCGCAAAAAUCUCGUCAAGAUUGGCCGCCCCGGUUACAAGGUCAUGAAGCUCCGGGACCCCGUCACCCGCCAGGAGGGCCUACUCUUCCAGCUGCAAUACCCAGACGCCGCCCCCGACGUAACGCCCAAGUGGCAGGUCAUGAACGCCUUCACCCAGCGCGUCGAGGAGCCCGACAAGAACUUCCAGUACCUGCUCGUGGCUGCCGAACCCUAUGAGACUGUUGGUUUCAAGAUCCCCGCGAGAGAGCUCGACAAGAGGGAUGAAAAGCAGUUCUCUUUUGGGAUGUUGACGGCAAGGAAUUUUGGGUCCAAAUCAUGUUCAUGA